GGAGAAAAAAAAUGCACCAGAAAGAACGAAGUCAUUUAAUACGAAGCAUGAUGUUUUGCUUAGGACAUUCGCUGUCCACAUACACAAGAUAAAAGUUAAAUAUGGGAUGCUGCGAAUAAGAUAACUUAUUAUCGAAUUGACGAGGACGAUACGCUUGGAGUGGUUUUGCUUAAAGUUGAGGAACACGUCGAGUCUGUCGGAUUUGUGCAUCCCUUGGAAACACAACAGAGCUGCAUAAGAGACACUGGAUGUUGAGCACCAGGGCAAGGAGAAACUCAGAUGCCGAAACCAAUGUAAGGACUAGGCUACUGCCACAUUUCGCAUGUCUCAUUAUGGAAGUAGCUCAGAUUUUUAUUUUCAAAGUAGCAAUUGAUGAGAGGCUGGUACGCGACUUUGUAACCAACUACUGUGGCUAACUAGCUACUUCUACAUUCCUUUAGCCAACUUGUAGUCUGCGGAACGAACGGCUUUCCAAAAAAAAAAAAGAAAUUCGGAUUCCAUGGAUUUCCCCAGAAAACGUGUCCCUCUACAACACUUGGAUUUUUUUGCCGAAUAAAGUGGAGCGUGACAGCCUUAUGUUGAAGUCUGAAAUACCAUUUACCUCAUCUCUUCUGCCAUCACGAUGGCACAUUUUGGUAGUUUUAGUAUACAGUACUGUUGUCGGUUGAUUUGGCCGUUAUUGUGCAUGUUCGUAACGUUCGGCUACAUCUCGGUUGCCACUCCAUCACAUGGUCGCCGGUUGGUUUGUUGGCAGGCGAUCAUGAAGUGUCAAGGAGAAGCAGAAUGCCACUAUGCAUACGAACAGUAUAUGCACGCAUGUGCGCCGGUAAUAAUGGGAGAGAAAAUGAAGUGUCCCAGCCACUGUAUUUCAUCCCUUAUUCAGCUCAAUCAAACAAAAAAUGGACCAUCUCUAGAGGACUGUGACUGCGCUACGGAUGCGAUCUGCAGAAAUACAAAACGGGCAAUUGAGCCUUGCUUGCCUAAGACUAGCACCAUGGGCUGCACUGAAGCCCGGCGCCAGUGCGAGAGAGACUCCCAGUGUAGCGGUGCUAUGCGCGAUUAUUUAAUUCACUGUGGUAAACUUUUCAGUGGGGUAAGGUGUACGGACGCAUGUCGGAAUGUGAUUUACAACAUGCGCAGCAUACCUAAAGCUGCACUCUUGGAUACUUGCGUGUGUGACGGAACAGAAAGGACCAUAUGCGAGUAUGUAAAAAUAAGCAUGAAAACUCUUUGCUUUGACUCUCCUGAUAAAUAUGUUGGCAGCGGAUUUUCUGAUUCGGAGCAAGAUGACGAAGAUUAUUACAUGGCUACGGAAUACCCCGUGUACGAGGAAAAUACAGGUAGUUUUAACGGACCCCUUACUGUUUUGACUAUGGGGGCAUCCAUUUUGGUUCUAUUCUCCCAGCUCUAAUCAUCGAGGUUAAUCAUCGACCAGAAGAAUAUGUUUGACUUUUGUCAACUUUUGUCAUUCAGCUGUGCAAUAGCAGAUCAGUGUUUUGACUCCAAAGAGUAUGAACUCACCUUUCCGUUUAUUAUUAAUUUCCCAGGGAGCCAUAUGAGUUUUUAUAUCGAUUGAAAGCUGGCAUCUUUAAUUUCUAUGCAUUCAUACAGCUUCACGCCCCUUGCUGUAAUGAUAAUGGCUCUAUUGGUAAAUAGAAGCAACACUAAAGCCUUAUCAGUAUGUCCUGCAAGACCCAAACGUAAAUAAGUCAAUACUACUGCAUGGAAGUACAUGUAUUUGUUUAAGAAGCCCUGAAAAUGAUCACAUUUACCUAUUGGUUCAAAGCUGGAAGAAAUGGGACAUGACAGGAAAUACCUACACAAUUGUGUUUAUUUAGUUUGUGUCCAACCGAUGCAUUGUUCAAAAAGAAAGCUAUGCAACACUUCACGCAUCAUACAUCAUGGUUUGAAACUUCUUUUGUAAAUUUGCCUUCAAUGAAUUCAGAGAUAAGCAUUUCAUUUUUAUAAAGACCAUGUGAUGCUUGAUUUUUUGCAUAGUAGCUUGGGUUGCACAUAUGCAACAUGCUACCUUCUUACAUCAGAAUAUUGUGUUCAUCUUAAUAAUUUUAAUUGCUGAUGAAUCAGAAUGAAAUGCAAGCAUUAACAUUUAAAGGGAAAGUAAUUUUUUAUGAGAAAAAAAAGAACUGUGCUGUAUAUCAAGAACAGUUUUUCAGAGAUAAUUGUAUGAUUGUGCUGUUUUUUUAAAUUAGAGCAUCCACUGACCAGAAAUGUCUAAAAUCCACUGUAUGACUGUAUGGUGCAUGUAAUGAAUGCUUGAAAGUUUUGCAAGUUUUAGCUGAGCAUACUUGACUGCUUUUUAUGUUUAAUGCCAUGUAAAUAAUUUCUCAAUAUAAAUGUUUAUGUUUCUUA